AUGGCUUCUGGGCUUCACAUAUGGCUUGCCUUCACCAUUGUAAUGCUAAUAAUGUUUUCUAGCUUAGCUGAGGGAGAACCUCAAGUCCCUUGUUACUUCAUCUUUGGUGAUUCUUUAGUAGAUAAUGGCAACAACAAUAACCUUUCCACUAAAGCAAAGGCAAACUAUCCCCCUUAUGGAAUUGAUUUUCCUGAUGGUCCAACGGGUAGAUUCACCAAUGGUCGGAAUAUUGCAGACUUCUUAGUUGAAUUACUUGGCUUCACCAACUCUAGACCACCAUUUGCGGCAGCGGCGACGACGUCGGAGGAGGAGAUCAUGAAAGGUGUGAAUUAUGCGUCUGGUGCGGGCGGAGUCCUGGAACGAACUGGAAAAUAUCUGGGCGAUCGGCACAGUUUUGAGAGACAGCUACGGUUUCAUAAUGCGACAGUGUCAAGAAUCGGACUUCAUGUGCAGAAUUUGAGCCUGGCUAGAACCCAUCUUAGGAAAUGUCUGUACAGUGUUGGAUUGGGAAGCAAUGAUUACUUGCACGAGUUUCUUGGGGCUGCGAAAUUCCCAGCAAUUCGUCAACCUUUGUACACUCCACAACGAUUUGCGUCUAUUCUUAUCAAGCAAUACGCUAAGCAUCUAAGGACUUUGUACGGUUUGGGAGCAAGGAAAGUAGCAGUGUUUGGGAUUGGAAAAUUAGGGUGCAUUCCUGGAAUGAUAAAGCAUGACGAAAAUGGAUCAUCAAUAUCAUGUGCUGAUUCAGUGAAUGAUGCGGUUGAGAAGUUUGACAAUAAGCUCAAAAUUCUGAUACAUAAGCUCAAUAGAAACCUAUCCGGUGCAAAAUUCAUUUUUUUGAACAUGACCAGCAUUUCUCAUCAAGAUCUCCCAGCCUUGGCUUUUGAUGUGACAAUGAAGCACAAAGAUUCAACUGUUGCCUUUACUGAGGCUCGAACCCACUCCCGUCAUCCAUGUAUAAGCAUUGUAGACAAGCCAUGCUGCAAAGUUUCAACAACAGUAGUAUUGAAGGGGCAAUGUGAGCCAAAUGUAGAGCCAUGCAGCAAUAGAGGGGCAUACAUGUUCUGGGACAAUUAUCAUCCUUCUCAGAUUUCAAGUAUGGCCAUAGCCAGAAGAUCAUACACUUCUUCUCUUGUAACUGAUGCAUACCCUAUGGAUAUUAGGUCCUUGAUUCAGCUUAAUGUACAAAAGAUGUGA